CGCUUCCUGUCAAGAUGGCGGACAACCUCCCUUCGGAGUUUGAUGUGAUCGUCAUAGGGACGGGUUUGCCUGAAUCCGUCAUUGCGGCUGCAUGUUCAAGAAAUGGCCAGAGGGUUCUGCAUGUUGAUUCAAGAAGCUACUAUGGAGGAAACUGGGCCAGUUUCAGCUUUUCAGGAUUGUUGUCCUGGAUAAAGGAAUACCAGGAAAAGAGUGACGUUGUGAAUGAAAGCCCGGCAUGGCAAGAACAGAUCCUUGCAAAUGAGGAAGCCAUUGCUCUUAGCAAGGUGGACAGAACCAUUCAACAUGUGCAAGCGUUUUGUUACGCCAGUCAGGAUUUGCACGAAGGUGUCGAGGAGGCCGGCGCACUGCAGAAAAACCACGCCUCGGUGGCAUCUGCGGGCUCCCCAGCAGCCGCAGAGUCGGCCUGCCCGCCCCCAGCAGGCGAGUCGUUAAGCACUGCGAGCAGCGAGGGGCCCGCAGACCAGACUGCCAGCGCGGAUCCAGAGUCGGCCCUGGAAGCACAUGACGCUGAAGUGACCCGGGAGAGCGCGAACCAUUGUGAUGAUAACACUUGUGUGCUGUCAGCUUCGGAGGAAACCAGUGAACCUGUGCCUGCAGCAGAAGACAUCGCAGAACAACCAAAGAAAAAUAGGAUUACAUACUCGCAAAUUGUUAAAGAAGGCAGGAGGUUUAAUAUCGAUUUGGUAUCAAAGCUGCUGUAUUCUCGAGGAUUGCUAAUUGAUCUUCUAAUCAAAUCUAAUGUCAGUCGCUAUGCAGAGUUCAAAAAUAUUACCAGGAUUCUUGCAUUUCGAGAAGGAAGAGUGGAACAGGUUCCUUGUUCAAGAGCAGAUGUCUUCAAUAGCAAGCAACUUACUAUGGUAGAAAAGCGAAUGCUAAUGAAGUUUCUUACAUUUUGUAUGGAGUAUGAAGGACAUCCUGAUGAAUAUAAAGCAUAUGAGGAGAUGACAUUUUCUGAAUAUUUAAAAACCCAAAAAUUAACUCCCAACCUGCAAUAUUUUGUUCUGCAUUCCAUUGCAAUGACAUCCGAGACAGCCAGCAGUACCAUAGACGGUCUCACAGCUACCAAACACUUUCUGCACUGUCUCGGGCGGUACGGCAACACCCCGUUUCUGUUCCCUCUGUACGGCCAAGGGGAGCUCCCUCAGUGUUUCUGCAGGAUGUGUGCUGUAUUUGGCGGAAUCUAUUGUCUUCGCCAUUCAGUGCGGUGCCUCGUUGUGGACAAAGAAUCCAGAAAAUGCAAAGCUAUCAUAGAUCAGUUUGGUCAGAGAAUAAUCUCUAAGCAUUUUCUUGUGGAGGACAGUUACUUUUCUGAGAACACAUGUUCACGCGUGCAAUACAGGCAGAUCUCCAGAGCGGUCCUGAUUACAGACAGAUCUGUCCUGCAAGCGGAUUCAGAUCAACAGAUUUCCAUCCUGACAGUGCCGCCGGAGGAAGCAGGAACUUCCGCCGUCCGGGUCAUUGAGUUAUGUUCUUCAACAAUGACAUGCAUGAAAGGCACAUAUCUGGUUCAUUUGACUUGUGCAUCUUCUAAAACAGCAAGAGAAGAUUUGGAACCAGUUGUGCAGAAAUUGUUUACUCCAGAUACGGAAACGGACAUCGAAAAUGAAGUUGAAAAGCCAAGACUUCUGUGGGCCCUUUACUUCAAUAUGAGAGAUUCUUCAGACGUCAGCAGGGACUCUUAUAAUGACUUACCGUCCAACGUGUACGUCUGCUCUGGCCCAGACUGUGGCUUGGGAAAUGACAACGCAGUCAAACAGGCUCAGGCCCUCUUUCAGCAGAUCUGCCCCGGUGAAGACUUCUGUCCACCCCCUCCAAAUCCUGAAGACAUUAUUCUGGACGGAGACAGUUUACAGCCAGGGCCUUCAGAAUCCGCCGUCAUAGCUGAGGCCAGUUCAGAGGCUCCCAAGGACACCGCAGAGCUGGGAAAGCCGGAAGAGCUCUCUGAAUAGCAGAUACGCAUGGCAGCAAACCGUAUAUCCCAGAGUCUUCUCGAUCUACAAACUGAAAAAUCUUAGAAAGCAGCAGUGGGUUGUCAUGCAGAACUACCCAGAGAACCAGGUCAUACAAAUCCAAAAUCCAAAAGAGGACACUUCAAGAACACACAAUACUUGUAAAGCACAUUGACUCACCUGCUGUAAGGUACCAGACCUGUGGAGUUACCAAGACAGGAAUUACAAAUGCAUUGAUUCCCAGGAAUGUAGCUUUGGAGACUACAGCAUUGUUAAUCUGUGCUCUUGGGCCAGCUUUUGCUUUGCCACUUUGAGUCUUUGUUUGAAAGCCACUUAUUUCCUCUCAUCAUUUUUCUUUAAGGGUGUGAGCAUCAUGAUAGAAACGAUAAAAGCCUAUGUCAAUGUCAUUGAGAAAAACUAAAGUGCUGUUCUUUCCCGGGUAUAAUGCAGUUUUUUGCCCAAAGUGUUGAGGGGAAAAUAAGGGUGCGCAUUAUACAAGAGCAGUACCUGAAAUACCUUGUAUCUGUUCUUGUGUUUUGCAGUUAUGUUACAUGAAAUCUAUAGUACCAUAAAUGCUAACCUUCCUUUAUAAUAUGUAAAAAAAGUAUCUAAAUAUAAAUAAAGAAAAAAUCGAAUUAAAAAUUUAAAUGAAAGAUGUUUUUUCCUGAAAGUUUGGGCCAAAAACGUGGGUGUGCAUUAUACACGGCAAAAUAUGGUAUUGCGAUCCGGCGGGGACCUGUAUUUGGAAUAGAGGUUUGGUUUUCUUGAGAAGUAUUAAAAUGCUAAUACUAAAGUAGAUGUUUUUAACAAAGAAAUCGUGAAGCCAUUACUUAGUGUUUUUUAAUGGUAGCACUAAUUUUUAUAUGUGAAUCAUGUCCACACUGAGAAAGCUCAACACCGAAGAAAUGGAAGGAAAGAUUUGGAUAGGCCCGUUGGGUUUUGGCAAUUCUGUAAGAAACUAUCCUAAUUGUCUGUGGACUCCAUUUCGUGUGAGCUACUGAUGAUGUUAGGCAAAUCCCUUAACUUUUGAGCCUUGGUGUCUCCAUAUGGAAAGUUGAAAUAGUAAUCCUCUACCUAUCCUGUAAGAAAGAUUUUAAAUAUAAAUGCAGUACCAUCUUCAGAAUGGUUUUUCGGGGGGAAAAAGUUGUUUCUAAAUGUUCCCAUCAACUUGAAGGUGACUCUCAAAAAUCUUAGGCAGCAAACAAUUAUUGACAGCAAAUAAUUGUUGUCAACUUCUACAACACCGUACAUCACGAUGUUUUUAUUGCACUAAGACACUUAUAGUCUUAUAGACCAGUAAAUAUAGUAACAUGUGAAAUUCUGCUUUUGAAUCUUAAUAAGGAACACACUUCAUAAGGAUAAUUUUUAUAUUUCUCUUCCAGUAGGUAAACCUGAAACCACCCAGGACUCUGAAUAGAGUGGAACAAUUGGUAAAUUCUAGAACGCCCUUAACAUAAAAUGUCAGGGUGGUGGUGCCCAGGAAGCAAAUCUAAUGACAGUGACUAUUGAUUUUUUUCCAGAUGCCAAGCUCUGAUGGCUUACUUUUUUGAGCAAUAGUUUGGAUCGAACAACUUAUUUCAAUAUAUAAAAACAUCAAAAGUUUCUUGGUGUGCAGUCUGCCCGGUCGUGCCGAGCACAGACCCAUGACUGCAGUGCACAGCCCAUGGGUCUCGCGGCCUUCAGCUGCAGGAGCUCUGACCUCUCCCGAUUUCCAGGAACAUCUCAAACAAAGUCAGCUCGGUCAGGUCCCAGACUCACACUAAAUGGAAAGAGCCAAGGAAUGUAUCUCUGGCUUCACCUUUCCAGCCUCCUACAGAUAGAGGUGAAUCCAGGUGCCAGGAGGACCUUUGCUGCUCCUCAGGCUACCCCUCCUAAUUCUUCCACCCUCUAUGCAGCCCGUCCCCUCUCUCUUUAGUCCCUUCUUCCUCUCUUCCGUAUUUUGCAAUACUAUUCAAAUCAGGGACAGAAGAAUCACACAAUAAUCUACUUCGUUAUAUGGAUUUGGAUCUUUCUGAAGUCAAAUCAUGUUUUCCCGAAUCCCUGAAUCCUCAGGACCAGCAAUAUAUAGGGUUCCAGUGUAUGAAAGUGUUGAGUUGGAAUACAAUUGCACUAAGCUGCACUAAUGAAGAUACUGUACUUUGUCCUAGUCUUAGAGUUAAGGUCUCUUGAAUAGAGCAUGCACAUUUAUAUAAACAGCCAAGCACAGUAGGCCAAGGAUAGUCUGGUUUCAUCCAUUAUUCGGCAUCAGGAUCUCUCUUCCAGGUUAUUAGGUCCUGUUGAAAUGUUUUAAAAUCUCCUAAAUGUGAUUAGUGAUGAUUAAGAUACUACACGACUGUUAAAAACAUUGUGUUAGAGAAAGUUAGAUAUUUCCUGUUGCCUCAAGAUAUAAGUUAUUUUAAGAGCUUUCUUUUCAGUUAUCUUAAUGACUGCAAAUAAAUAUUUGUUCAUUGUUUAACUCAAAAAAAACUUUUCCUUUUGUUGUAAAACUGUAAGCCUGAAGUCACAUGAAUAAAAUUCAUAUGUUGUACAUGGUGCGUAAAUUUCAGUAACUAAUAUAAUGUUUUAAAAAUUGCUAUUAUCAAAGAAUUCUGAUUUCAUGUGUUUCAAGUGUUUCAUUAUGCAUGCUUCUCAUUAAUCAAAAUUGAUAAUACCAUUCAGUUUAGUGAUCAAUAUGAAACCAAUUACUAAUCCUGUUGCUACUGUAUUUUUGUCGCGUUGGUAUGUAUGCCUGCCCAGAAAAACAAAUAUAUAAACGUAUAUAAUAAACGUAUAUAUUUUUCUAUAGGAAAACUGACUUUUGGUCUUCCCCAUCUCCUGUGGUAUUUAGUUCCUGUAGUAAAAUCACAGGGUUAAUGAUUAGCUUUAGAAUGGCAGCCCUUUGUCUAAAAUAAUGGCUGUGCUAAUGAUUAACUUCGACCACAGCCGUAGUUCCUUAGAAGGAACUUGAGAAGUUCCUCAAGACCCAAAGACCUCAAAAUACUUUGUUGAAAUUGGAUUGCUGAAUAGUAGUGAUCCUUGAAAGCAGGAAUGAAAUCAUUUUCUUCCAAACAAGUUAUUUACCACUAUUGGUAUUCAAUCAUUCAUCUCUCUACUCUUGGUUAGUUGUCUUAUAUGCAUUUGAAAAAGCAUGAAUAUAUGAUUAUUCAUAAUUUGCAUACUGUAACAGUAAGUUUGUAAAGGAAAUAAAAGUGUUUUCAAUGCCUUUCGGGCGUGGUAUCCUAUUUUUUUAUAUUAAAGAUUUGUAUAUAUGCCAAGAAAUUAAAGACUGUCUUGGAAAUGA